UUUUUUUUUCUCUUUUUAGUUGUUUUUCUUUAAAAUUUGUUAUUCGAAGUCGAAGUUCUGGAUUUACUGAAGUCUGAAGGUAGAAGUUCGGCUUUAAAGCAAUAAUUUAAUACGUUGUUCAGUUUGAUUUCUCACAGAUGUAAUUGAUUCAGCUAAUUGUACUUGUUACUUUUAAUUGGUGUUUUGCUUUAGUUUUCUCCUUCCUCUGAGAAAAUCUGUUUCCAGGAAGUUUCAUGGCAGUUGACAUAGUUGACCAUCGUCAAAGUAUGGUUUUGGUUUUGAGCUUUUUGGUGACUUCUCUCGGGUUUGGUGAACCUCCUUUAUUUUUUUUUUUGUUUUUCUCUAUGUUCCAUUUCAAUUUUUACUCCCCCACCACUGACAUCGUUUAGCAGUUUUUUCCAAGCUCUGUUUCAUUUUUCCAACCCGACGAAGAUGUCCAUUCACCUCUGUUUGGUUGCUGAGAAAAUCGAGGAAAAGAAAAUAUAAGAAAAGAGAACCGUUAGUCUUGUGUUUAAAUCUUAUAUUAUUAUAAUAAUAAUGAGAUUUAUUUUAAUAUUUCACUUUCUGUGUUUUGCAAAAGAUGAAUCAUCCACCUCUAUCGUACCAAUAUACUGUUGCUUAGAGUUCCCGGAAACAUAAUUUAAAGUUUUGUGUAUGUAAAUAAAUAUUUUUCUUUUGUCUUUUUCUAACAUUUUCAGUUGUUUGAAUUCCUCGUCGAUAUCUGUUGCAUGCGUGAGCAUGUGCGCUGGAUGUAUUCGAUUCAAUGCAUUCUUCUUAAAAAAAUCAUCUUCACGCCGUUCCGUGAUCGCCUUUUAUAUAUUAUUACAAAUAGUACUCCGUUGUCAGGUGGGCUGCAGUCAAAGCUUUGUGAGGAUGUUGGAGAAGAUGGAAGAGUUUGACCCGGAGAAAGUGAUAGAGGAAUUUGAAGCAAUAACCCAAGACGCCGGGAAAGUUCAGAGAGAAACUCUCAAAAAAAUUCUGGAGGAGAAUGGAUCGGCUGAGUACUUACAGAGUCUUGGUCUCAAUGGAAGAACUGAUCCUGAAAGCUUCAAGACUUGUGUCCCCCUUGUUACUCACGAGGAAUUGGAACCGUAUAUACACAGAAUUGCAGACGGCGAUCCUUCUCCUAUUCUCACCGGAAAACCAAUCACAACCAUCUCAUUAAGUUCUGGUACUACUCAGGGAAAGCCAAAGUUUGUACCUUUCAACGAUGAAUUGAUGGAAUCCACCAUGCAGAUAUAUCGGACAUCUUUUGCUUUUAGAAACAGAGAGUUUCCUAUUGGGAAUGGAAAGGCUUUGCAGUUUAUUUACAGCAGCAAGCAGUUCCAGACCAAAGGGGGUCUGGCAGCUGGAACUGCUACUACUAAUGUUUACAGAAAUUCGCAGUUCAAGGAGACUAUGAAGGCAAUUCAAUCCCAAUCUUGCUGCCCAGAUGAAGUAAUAUUUGGUCCUGAUUUCCACCAGUCUUUGUACUGCCAUCUCUUAUGUGGGCUGAUUUUUCGGGAUGAAGUUCAGUUUGUAUUCUCUACUUUUGCACAUAGCAUCAUCCACGCAUUCAGAACCUUUGAACAAGUUUGGGAAGAAUUGUGUAUUGAUAUUAGGGAGGGGGUCCUCAGCAGCAGAGUAUCCGCCCCAUCGAUCCGAGCAGCUAUGUCGAAACUGCUCAAACCAAAUCCUGAAUUGGCUGAUUUGGUCUAUAAGAAGAUUACAGGUUUGAGUAAUUGGUAUCGAUUAAUCCCGGAACUUUUUCCCAAUGCAAAGUACAUCUAUGGGAUCAUGACUGGAUCAAUGGAGCCUUAUUUGAGAAAACUGAGGCACUACGCGGGGGAGCUACCUCUGUUGAGUGCAGAUUAUGGGUCUUCUGAAGGGUGGAUUGGAGCAAAUGUCAAUCCAAAAUUGCCACCUGAAUUGGCCACUUUUGCCGUUCUUCCUAAUAUUGGGUUUUUUGAAUUCAUCCCACUGAAGCAUAACAUUGAGGAUCAGGAUCAAAAUCAGAUGGAUCCUAGUUUCUUCCAAAUCGAGCCGGAGCCAGUGGACUUAACUGAAGUCAGAAUUGGUGAAGAUUAUGAGAUCAUUGUCACCAAUUUUGCAGGUCUCUACCGCUAUAGGCUUGGAGAUGUAGUAAAGGUGAUGGGAUUCCACAACUCUACCCCAGAACUCAAAUUUGUCUGCAGGAGGAACCUCCUGCUAACCAUCAAUAUUGACAAGAACACUGAGAAAGAUUUGCAGCUUGCUGUGGAAGAAGCAUCCAAGUUAUUAGGAGAAGAAAAGCUGGAAGUUGUUGAUUACUCUAGCCAUGUAGACUCAUCCACAGAUCCUGGACACUAUGUGAUCUUUUGGGAAAUAAGUGGUGAAGCAGGGGAGGAGGUUCUUAAGGAAUGCUGCAACUGCUUGGAUAGGUCUUUCGUUGAUGCUGGCUAUGUUAGCUCGCGAAAGGUCAAUGCCAUCGGGGCGCUCGAGCUCCGAGUUGUUCGGAGAGGAACUUUCCAAAAGAUUCUAGAUCACUAUCUAGGAUUAGGAUCUGCUGUUAGCCAGUUUAAAACGCCAAGAUGUGUAGGUCCAACAAACAAUCUGGUGCUGCAAAUCUUGUGUGACAAUGUUGUUGAGAGCUACUUUAGUACUGCUUUCUAGUGUUGUGUAUAUAUAUGUGUUGUAAUUGCAGUUU